ACUUCGACGACCACCAAGCCUCGAUCCGCCAUUGUACAUAGGACGACGUCCGAUCAAGGGCGAGUAUUCGCGGCGGCUGAGGGCCCCAUAACCUUCACCAUCAAGCCGCGUCGCGCCAAUCGCCGGAUUGCUAGUCACAUCGACCAGAGCGGAAAUUGUUGCAUGUGCUGUAUCACACGGAGGGGAUAGACUCGGGCGGCAUUCGGUUGGUGUCGGGGAGUCUCGGGAAAUUCCAGGGGCACAGAUGGCGGGGCCGGCACCGCUGCUGGCAAUGGAAUCAUAUGGCCAUCGGACUAGAAGCUGUGCCCGGAAGAUCCUCUUAUAUACCAGAGGUCGAUAGGUGGGGUCCCUCGGAUUUUUCGGGAGAGUCGACCAUGCGUGUGGGUGGGAUGGAAGCCUACCAUUCCCCGAGUGGGCUGCUCGGUGCUCUUCCCAGCCUCGCGACAAUCUUAUCGCCGGUCAGUUCGGGAUGUCGCGAUCCUGACCUGCGCCUAUACCCGUGCCAUUGGGUGCCGGUUGGCGGCGACGAGGAUGCAGAACUCUCGCAUCCGAAGUUUCCGGUCGUGGUCGCGCUUUGUGAAAGAAUUUUUGGUUGGUUUUGGUGGAAGUUCGGAGAAGCCGGAAGCGGCGGUUCGGGCUCAGGUGCAUGCCGGCGCCGGCUUUUGUGGUGGAUCUUGGUAUAUAAUCAACGAGAUUUUUAUAAUCCUAUCUUGUAUCAUUUGUCGAUAACAUACUACGGUUCUCGGAUGGUUAGAAGGCGGCUACGACUCUUCUAUACCAAAAUUUGGCGUUUCCUAUCUCUUACACAUCGCUCCCUGGUUGCAUUUGCAAGGCUUCCAACUGUUGAUGCUUACGAGUGCCACCUCUAUCAUCUCAUCAUCCGUCUCUCAGAAGAGCUGGGUACGGCUUCAUCAGCAACUCUACGCCAAGAGCUGCACGCGACUCAGCUGCAGCCCUGUCGCUGAGUGAAGCCGUGAGUGCCGGCAGAUCCCAGAGACCGGCGAACCCUGAUUCGGCCUUGGCCAGUCACCUGGCAGAGUUCGCAGAUCGGCAUUGAGUAAGCGCCUGGUUUCAUUCAACUGCAAGCGUUCCGGGAGUUCCAUGUUGAACCAGGGCCCCGCCUUCUUCCGGUCUUUUCUUUUCGCCAUGUUUGUCUUUUCUUGGCGGCUCGGGCUUCGGAUGCCAUGGAAACCUCGAGGCUUUCCGUUCGGGCUUCGGGUUGUUGUAUUUAUAAAGAAGCGACACGACCAGUGAAUUAGGGAGGGGUGUCUCGCCGAUGGAAGGGGUCG